AUGGAGCGACAAUUUCCUGAUGUAGUAGUUCUUAAAAUCCUCUCCUUCCUGGAUGUACAGAGCUUGCUGCAGAUUUCCCAAGUGAACAAGCAAUGGCAUCUACUUGCAGAUAAUAAAAAGCUGUGGAAAACGUUGUGUCUGAAGAGAUGGAACUUCUGCUCUUUCUCUGAUGAACAGCUGGGCACCAAGACCUGGAAGCAGUUUUUCCUCAAUCAAGUAGGGCAGGAGCAUCUCAUGACAUUCACUCGACCACAAGACUUUGCCUGCAGACAACUGGAGGACAGAGGAAGACUAAAAUUUAUUGCCUAUCUCUCAGGAAGUGGCAUUUCUGUGGAUGGACAAGAGAAGUCAAUCAUCUGUGGUGUGAGUAUACGACAGAUACUUUGUGCCUGGGAUGUCCUAAAGGGUACUCUGAUCUGGGAAAGCCCAAUUCAGCUGUGUUGCAUCAUUUGUAUGACGACCCUAUGUCAGAGGCAUCUUGCAUUCACUUUGGAUUCAGAUAAUACUGUCAAGGUGUGGAAUUGUCAGGAUACAGAUGCUCUGGCGGCUGUUACCAUGUCUAAGCGCGGUGUUACCAUGGAAACCAUUCUCACAAAGGCUGGUCCAUUCUUGGUGGUGGGUGAUUGUGUAGGUGACAUCUACACAUUUACAGUGCCUGAGUUAAAGAGUGUUUCUAGAGUUCAUGCAUUUUCACAUGAGGUUGACCGUCUCCUCUGCUCUCCUGACAAGAGAUAUAUCUUUGCAAGUAGAUUUAAAGGACAUAUAUGUCCAAAGGAGAUUGCAAGUUUCCGGUUACCAGAUCGAAUGACAACUCCUACUUAUGUUGGAUCCAGUAAUGGAAGUACGGUUAUCUUUGUGAAUGAUAAACAUCUAUUCCUCUACACCAUUGAUGGCAACAUGUUAUAUGAUUUUCAAGACCAUAAGGAUAAAAUCUGCCACUUAUGGGUGGAUCCUGUCCGUGCCCUCACCACAUCCAUGGAUCAUUCUGUGAAUAUCUACUUGUGGCAGAAGGAUGAUCACUUUCCCUACCUCACGCACUGUUGUACUCUGAAAUGUGGGCCAAUUGGUGUUACAUCACGGUGCUUUGCCACCAAGACAAUGUGUGAUAAUAGGACCCUAGUAUCUCUGGUAGCAAGAAACAAUUACUCUAGCAAUCUGCUGGUGUACUCUUUGAGAUAG